CACUCCUUCUCAUAUAGAUUUCUUGCCAUUGCAUCACAGUGAGGUCUUUGGGAUAAAAAGGCACAAUGACGCCCAAUGAUUUGGAGCUGUUGCUGAAACGAGAAGGGGAAACUCUGCCUGAUGAAAAAGACAAUGUCGAUGUUGGAGUAGAGCGCCGCGUGGCAUUGCUUAAGGAUGUCCUUGAAGCUUGCAAUACUGCAAAGGACACAGCUUCGCCAGACCUAGAGAUUCUUGCAGAGAAGUUGGGGGAUGGAAGCAGAACCGUCAAUUGGCGAAAGCCGUACGGUGAAUCUGGAAUCCUCGCCUUCUUCUUGGACAUCCUCGGAGAGGAUAGCAGCAGUACCACUCUGAAGACUCAAGCGCUUCGCAUCUCUGGAAAUUCAUGUGCAGACACGGACUCCAAUCGUGCACGAGUGGUCGAUGGCAACAAGCUCUCCAACAUAGCCAAGCAGCUGGACGACCUUAAUCUCGUCAAAUUUGCUGUCCCAGUCUUAUAUAACAUCAUGAUUGAUUAUGAGCCUGCUCAAAAGCUUGCGUCAGAAUCUGGUCUUAGUGCUAGACUCCUCAAACUACUCUCCGCUUCCACCAUCAAAUCCUAUAUGCCGGUUGUGCCCUAUGUCUGCAAGAUUCUGGCCCUGGUUGUCGGACAGCAACCAUCUCCAUCAUCUGCCAGUGAGGAGGAUAGCCAGGCUGCUAAUGUUUUGCUCAAGCUUGCCCUUGGAGCGGAGACUCGAGACGAUGGCGAGGAGUUUUCGUCAGUUGUUUCUGUUGCAUUGGCAUAUCUAGCCACUGAAGACGAAUCAAAAGCACAUCCAAUCGCCGACCCUGAGCUAGACUUGUUUCUCGAAGCCUUUUACCACGCACAAACCAACUUUAAGAUCGAGGAGGAGGAGGAAGACUCCGCUGAAGCGCUCAAGCAACUCAACACUUCCUUGAUGAAUGUACUGGCAGAUAUUACUUCACAGGACAGCUUCUCCGAGUCUCACAACUUGGAGUCUGCAGUCAGUCAGACAUUUCUCGCGUGGCUACACCAUGACCUACCCAUGCUACGGGCAGCAGCAUGCCUAGCUCUGGGCAACCUCUCCCGGUCAGACGAAGCCUCCACUGCUCUGGUUUCCAAGUACAACGCUCAUGAGGCCCUCGUCGAUAUUUUGACUAAUUCCUCUACUCGUGAUGGACAACUUCUUCAUGCCAGCAUGUCUUUUCUGAAGAACCUUGCCAUCCCUGCACAGAAUAAAGCGAAGCUCUCAGGCCUUCUUGAACCUAAUGGAUUGCCACGCAUUUACGCUUUGGACACAGUUCCCCAAGUGCAAUUUGCCGCCAUAUCUUUAACGAGAUUACUACUUCUCAACUGCGCAGAAAAUAUUGCCAAGAUGUGUCGCAGAGGACAGAGUGGUGAAACACCUCUAGAGACUGCCGUCGCUCUAUUUGGUCGCUCUGAUGCUGAGCCUACCAAGAUGGAAGCCGCUCGUUCGGCGGGUACUAUUUGCCGCGGACUACACUCACUCCCUGUGAAGGAGAUGCUGUCGAGUUCAUCAUCGGUCACAGAUAACAAAGACUUAGUUGAGAGCAUCACCACUAGCGGCAAUGAAGACAGCCUGUUGAGGCAUGCGUUUUACCAAAGCCAUACUGGUAUUAUAAAGCUACUUGCAUUCUUAAUUACGCAAGACAAGUGGCCUGUCCUGCGCUCAGAAGCAUGGUUCGUCUUUGCUCUAAUGGCUCGAUCAGCUGACGGUGCUCUGGUGGUGGCAGACGUUUUGAAGCAAGACGGCGCACUAGCAGUGUUGAGCACAACAAUUACUGGGUGCAAGCCAUCCUCCGAGAUAGUACAGGAUGUAACCGAUGAAGCAGAUGGCGAAAAUAAGGGAGAGUUGGCUACGCCUCAAAGUCUUGGACUGGGGCCUCAACAAGUGCCUGCUGGUCCCAAGGCAGAUACCGGGCCUGUUGAUCAGGAAAAUGCGCUGGUUAUGUGCACUGAGUUGGAAAAUAAUUGGAAGAAGGAAGAAUUUGUAGGCUUGGAUAAGAGCGAGAUUCAAGUGCUUGUAAAAGAAGGCACGGAGUUGGUGGCUGCAUACAAAGCCAAACAAUAGAUAGCAUGCUAUACAACUUAGACAGAGGUUGUUAAUACAUAAACUUGCCGUUAGAUAAUAUCCAUUCUUUACUAGAAAUGUGGGACACCUGCUUGCAUAUACUGUUUAGAUUGGUUGACAUGAUCAGAUUGGGGCACGUAGUUUGAAUUUAGAAAAUGUUUUUUGGUCAUGCAAAUAAUUCUUAAACCUGGAACUAGAGGUACUCUGCUCCUGAACCGGGUCAAGUACUGUACGCCGCUCCCUUGGAAGCAGGCAAUACGCAAAGAGCAAACAAAAACCCUCAAAACACCAGAUGUUUGAUUUUUUCAUCCCAUCUUGCCAUCCCAUGCGUAUCCAUUCCGCUUCAUACCGAUCACCAAAAAUAAUUGAUUUACACUUAUUUCUUGGCAGCCUCGGCCUCAGCCGCAUCCUUCGCACGCUUCUCGCGGGCACCGGCGUAGCGGGCAAUGGCGCGAGCGUUGCGGAGGGCGCGGUAAGCACCACCCUCAACCUCAGCAGGCAUGUCAGCCUUCUUGAUCUCCUUGACGGCGCGGUCGAGCUGAGUGAUGGGGAGAACGGAGGAGAUGGAAGUCUGGGCGAGCUUGGAGGCGUCGGUCUUGGUGUCACCCUUCUUGGGGGCGUUGGACUUGCGGGGGAGGAGAAUGAGACGCUCCUUGUAGGCCUUGAGGCGGGCGACGUUCAGGGCAAGACCCUCCUCGGAGAGGUUCUGGCGGCGGAAGUCGACGGAGAUACCGAUGGUGGGAGCAACGAGACGGGGGAUACCGGCCUCCUGUAGAGAAGUUGUUAGUAGUCUGUAGGUGCUGAAGACACGGACAUCGUGGAGCGAGGAACGAGGGCCGGUCUCUCAUCGUGAUGCCAUGUCUGCGCUGAAAAUUCGUACCUUGAGCUCAGUGAGGGUGAAACCACGGCCAGCACGGACCUUGCGGUUGUACUUGAUGGUAGGGCAUCGGACGAUAGGGCGAAGCUUGUCGACGGGGCGGGGGGCAGCGGCAGCAGCCUUGGCCUGACGAGCGACUCUGCGGGAAGCCUUCUUGCCAGCCUGUAGAAUCCAACUGUUAAUAAACCAUUUCCUCAUGACGGGGGCAAAGUAGUCCUCAGGAAGUUUUCGUAGGCGUGCGUUCCAUCGCAAUUUGAUGUUCCGUUCAACGCUUGAAAAAAAAAUAUCCUGGGGACAUGCAAAAGUCGCAUACCUGGUCGAAGUGGGUGCGAACCCGGCGUUGCCAAUCCUUGCGGAGAUCUAUAAUUUCAUUCUGGUCAGUCGAUUUGUUCGUAGGUAAUUAUUUCAAGUCGAGUCCUUGUUCGGGUCGCAAAGGUCGUCGUCUUGGAUUGGGGGUUGGGUUGGUGCUCACGGUUGUUAACGAUCUUUUGGUUGUGCUUGAUCGCCUGGAGGGAAACAAAAGUUAGCAAUUCGGACGCUUGAUAUAUUUAAGACGACAGAAUCGCCUGCAUAUUCGGGAUUCUCGUACCAUUGUGUCUGCCUGCGAUCAACCGAUCUGUGUUGUCGUGAUAGAAUGAGAGGCGUUGUAGGUCAAACCUGAAGAUGGAGAGCGGUCUUCCUUGCACGAAUUUGUCGGAAGG